GCCGGGGUUGCCUCCCGGCUUUCAUGAAUUACCAGGUACCUCCCUAUUUAACAAGCAGGGGCCCAUCCGCCGAACCUCCACCUCACCUGUCCGUUCUUGCGCCCUGGGAAACCGACUCGCAUCCCAUCAAUUGUGCUCUGCUGUGGACAUCUGCCACCGCCAUCAUGAAGGCUCCUGCUGUUCUCGCUGCGCUGAGCCUGGCCGGCGCUGCCGUUGCCCAGCUCGAUCAGCUCCCGUCUUGCGCCAAAAGCUGUGCCGACAAGUUCCUGCAGGGCGGCAUCGGCAACUGCGGCACUGACCCCAAGUGCAUCUGCUCAGACAAGAGCUUCCUCGGCAGCAUCGCGUGCUGCCUGGCCGGCGUGUGCGACCCGCCCUCGCAGAGCUCGGCCGUAUCCGUCGCCAUUAGCCUCUGCAGCGCCUUCCAGGUGACCGACCUGCCGACCGCGGUCUCGUGCUCCACCACCGCGCCGGCCUCGACGACCACCGGGGCCCCCGCCACCACGACCACCGGCUCCUCCACCCCCACUGCCACCGGCAGCGUCAGCCCUGCCACCAACGCGCCCUCGACCAGCACCAACUUCGGUCCGCGGGCCACGGCGGCGGCCGGCCUUGGCGCCCUCGGCGGCUUCGUCGCCGCCGUUGCGAUGCUCUAAGCGCGUCGGCAGACGGGGAGUUGCUGCGAGGUGGACCGUUGCGCGGAAUUGGCCCGGCAUUCACCCGGCAUUGACCUGGCGGCGGUCUGACAAAGUUAGGGGACGGUCUCCCAGUUUGGGCUUGGCUGAGCUGCCUUGGUGGGGCGCAGCUGUAAUAUAUGAUUCUUGCGCGGACAUGUCUUAAUGCAGGAUAUCGAUGCAUGUCGGGGAUGACUGAUGGACGUAUGUUGUCGACUAUGGGCUUGACG